ACUCGCCGGCGACGCGACGGCGCUCCGCCGCGGCACGGCGGCGGGUUUCGUCUCCUCCGCCGUUCAAAUCUUUUCGGUUUUGGAGAGAUGAAUCCUUCGUCGUCGUCGUCGUCGUCUCGCCGUCCUUCGAUGUUGAAGAAUUCGAGGAAGCUUGAUGCAAAUCCAUCUACAUCCAAGCACCAUGAAUUCACCGAUCAUCGGCCGAUCCAAGCUCAAUCUCAAUACCGUGGUUGUGCAAACAACAACAUUAACGGCGACCAGAAUGAGACCGUUUAUAUACCUAACAAGAUUUUUGUCGGCGGUUUGCCACCCGACAUAACAACCGAGGAGUUCAAGAGCUUCUUCGCCCAUUUUGGCACUAUUAUUGAUGCUGUACUGAUGUAUGAUCAUGCUCGGAAACUCCCUAGAGGUUUCGGCUUUGUCGUAUUCGACACCGCGGAGACCGUCGAGGGAGUACCGCGGAGUCAGUUUUAUAAGCUGAGGGACAAGAUUAUCGAAGUUAAAAGAGCGUUCCGCAAAGCUCACAACAAUAACAACAGCAGCAGAAACAAUAACUAUGCAGGCGGUCUCGCAGGAGGAGAUGCUUCUCCUAGCCGUCGAUAUGGCGUUCGCAUGAUGAACAGCUUCGGUUAUCCCGGUUAUGCAUACGGCGCAGGAUUUCAAAAUACACAAACCGCGUAUUGGAUAUAUGACCCUACUUAUUUGUACUAUCUUGGGUAUCAUCAGGGAUGCUGGAACAGCUGGAUGAAUGCGCAUUCUCUGCUAUCUGCAUUUCGUGCUAAUGGGGUCAGAACCUGGGGUGAUGUUCAUUAAAUGUUAAUGUUCUAUCAACCUCAUUGAUCAAGGUACCAAAUUUAACAUUCUCUUUGGUAAUCAUAGGUGAUUCUGAGUGUAAAUCAACUGUAAUUAUCUUUGUUAUGGUGGAAUAGGUGCAGAUGUUUCUCAUAGUACAUUAUUCAGAUGCAAUUGUAGAUGGCACAUAAUAAUAAUGUGAAUUUUGGAACUGUUCUAGAUUUCUCAAAGAUUAUCUAUUCUGAUUCUUUUUUCAUGUAUUAACCAGCAUAUGUAAAUUUUCUUGUGAGCUAAUUUGUUUUGGUUUGA